GGAAGAAGACCCGUCCGUCUUCCUUUCUUUCAUUUUGCUCCUCCUCGUUCUCUCUCUCUCUACCCCCCCGCGCGCGCUCUCACGGCACACACUCGAGGCUCGAGGUUCGAUUCGGAUCAGAUGACAUGACUGUUCUAAAGAGGUAUGUGCUGAGGUUGUUCAUAUCCUUGAAGUACGUCACGGCAAAUGUCGUGGACCGGAAUAAUGGGCAGAUUGUAGCCACAGCAUCAACAGUGGAGCACUCCAUCAAGAACUCUCUAGAGUGUGGCAGGUCUUGCAAUGCUAAGGCCGCAGGUGUCGUCGGAGAUGUGCUCGCCAUGCGACUCAAGGUGGAAGGUCUUGAGCAUGGACUUGGGAGAGGCAUUCAUGUUAAUAUGAACAAGGAGAUAGAGAAGAAAGGAUUCAAGAAUAGAACAAAGAUCUGGGCGAUUGUCAAUGCUCUAAAGAACAAUGGCGUCAAACUCAUCCUUGAUGAGAAAGAGGAGGAUCCUCUUCGGCGGAGUUAUUAGACGGUUCCUUACUUUUGUCUUUCUCUGUAUGUGAACUCUCGCCAUCUUUGCUGAAUGCAGUGAAACAGAAAGACGAUUUGUACGAGACUACAACGACCUGUGCAAGAUGUACAUCUUUGGUCUCGAAUGAGCCUGUGCUGGAAUGGUCCUCCUUUGGCUCUCAAGUAUGCUGUGCUGAAUUUGGGCCAUUUUUUCUCCUCCAUGCCCACUGCCCACAGUGACUAAAGGAUUAUCGAAGCAUAUUAACAUCUGUUCAUUUAUGAUGUCCAGAUCAGGGAUCAAUCUGCUGAGUUUGUUUUCUUUUCAUUUGGUUUUCAAAGCAGCAUUAUCCAGCUUCUCUGGUGCGCUUAUGUUUGCCAAAAAGUGAACUUCCUGUUUGGGUUUACUCUUGAAACCAAGGCUGAGCAAAGGAUCUUUUUCUGAGUUUUGAAAUUGCCUGAUUGCUGUACUGUAUAUGAUAUCCAUCAACCUCUAUGUGUAUGAUAAGUGGUUAUCUUGGAUGAUGACUUUAUAUUAUCA